GUCCCGUGAUCAGCUUCCCGUUUGGCUUCUCCCCCGGUCCCUCGUCGUGCCCUCGCUUCGCCUCCUCGUUCGCGCUCCCAAAUUUGUUGCGGCGGUGCGGCGGCGGGUGGUAGCGGCGAUGAGGAUCGAGGAGGUGCAGUCGACGUCGAAGAAGCAGCGCAUCGCCACCCAUACCCACAUCAAGGGCCUCGGUCUCGACACCAAUGGGAUGGCGAUUUCGUUGGCGGCAGGGUUCGUGGGCCAGGCGGCGGCGCGCGAGGCGGCUGGGCUGGUGGUCGACAUGAUUCGCCAGAAGAAGAUGGCCGGCCGCGCGCUGCUACUUGCGGGCCCGCCCGCCACGGGCAAGACGGCGCUAUCGCUCGGCGUAGCCCAGGAGCUCGGCAGCAAGGUCCCUUUCUGUCCUAUGGUAGGAUCAGAAGUGUACUCCUCAGAGGUCAAGAAAACUGAGGUGCUGAUGGAAAAUUUCCGUAGAGCUAUAGGUUUGCGUAUAAAGGAAAAGAAAGAAGUUUACGAAGGAGAGGUUACAGAACUUUCCCCAGAAGAGGCUGAAAGUACAACCGGUGGAUAUGUGAAAAGCAUUAGCCAUGUAAUCAUUGGCCUAAAGACUGUGAAAGGGACUAAGCAACUGAAGUUAGAGCCUUCAGUUUAUGAUGCUUUGAUCAAGGAAAAGGUGGCAGUGGGUGAUGUUAUAUACAUCGAAGCAAAUAGUGGUGCAGUGAAAAGAGUUGGUAGAUGUGAUUCUUUUGCUACAGAAUACGAUCUUGAAGCUGAAGAGUAUGUUCCUAUCCCCAAAGGCGAAGUCCAUAAGAAAAAGGAAAUAGUGCAGGAUGUCACACUUCAUGACCUUGAUGCAGCAAAUGCACAGCCACAAGGAGGCCAAGAUAUUUUAUCCCUUAUGGGCCAGAUGAUGAAACCACGAAAGACUGAAAUCACCGAAAAGCUACGUCAAGAAAUCAAUAAGGUGGUGAAUAGAUAUAUUGAGGAAGGAAUUGCAGAGCUUGUACCUGGUGUUUUGUUCAUUGAUGAGGUCCACAUGUUGGAUAUCGAAUGCUUUUCUUAUCUUAAUCGUGCACUGGAGAGCCCUUUAUCACCAAUUGUGAUACUUGCUACGAAUAGGGGAAUAUGUAAUGUAAGAGGAACUGAUAUGACAAGUCCACAUGGUAUACCAGUGGAUCUUCUAGAUAGGUUGGUGAUUAUUCGGACAGAAACAUAUGGCCCUGCUGAGAUGAUACAGAUAUUGGCAAUCCGAGCACAAGUGGAGGAGAUUGAUAUCGAUGAAGAAAGUCUUGCUUAUUUAGGCGAGAUCGGACAGCAGACAUCUUUGAGACAUGCUAUUCAGUUGCUAUCACCUGCCAGCGUGGUUGCAAAGACUAAUGGAAGAGAAAAGAUCUGCAAGGCUGAUCUUGAGGAAGUUAGUGGUCUCUAUUUGGAUGCCAAAUCUUCGGCUCGUCUGCUCCAGGAGCAACAAGACAGAUACAUCACCUAGAUUUCUCCUGUUGUAGAAAGCUCGAAGAAAAUGUAGUUGCCAGCUCAAGGCCAUGUAGCAUCGAUCUGCUUCACAUCUGGGGGAAGUUAUUUUUGUAGUGCCAGCUUAUGGCUUCGGUUAGUCUCCAGAGAGGACUUGGUUCCGGUAUAUUGCUUGUCCACAUACUGUUCGCUGAUUAGAUUGACAAUUGGUGCAGGAAUUGCCGUGUAUUUUCGCCCUUGCUAAUCGAUGUCACAGAAUCUGUGCACCCACGAGUUGUAUUGGCCCAAAUUGGUCGUGACCCUUUUAUGUGUAGGAUUCAUUGAAUGCAACUUUUGUGGCUUUAUUUUUAAAAUAAA